AUGAGAAAUGAAUCGCAGUCCAAGGCCAUUGAGAACAACCCUAUUGGAAAUGGUCUUGAUACCUUUCGUGCGUCUUUCGAUUCGAUAUGUAAAGGCGCGGGUUUCUCCUCCACUCCUGAUGCUCUAGAAGAACUUGAACAAGAAGAUCUUCGAAAUCUCACGCUCCCUCUCCUUUUCACUCUACAAAGCCAUACAGCCUCGGGUCUGCUCCCCACAAAUAACGGUCGUGGCACCCUCCGAAGCGAUCUCCUCAGACUCAUUUCCGCUGCCGCCUCCGACGACUUUGACUUCGACCGCGUCAAACCUCUCCUGAAAUCAGCCCUCGCUAGCGAACCCGAUGCCCUUAUCUGGGAUCGAGCCUAUGACGUUGUCGUCGAGUCUACCCCGCCUCCCCGACCGAUAGCUUCUUCCCUCCAACAGACCCCAUGGCUGCGCAAUACAAGCAGCUUCGCAAACUCGUCCGAACAUCGCAAAUACGUAGACGACGUGCUGAAAGAGGAACUUGGGUCUAUGUAUGUCGGGCUCCGUCGCUUUCAUGACGCAUACUUUGGAGGUGUGGCCGGCCUUGACGCAGCCUCCCAGGCGUUCUUUGACCAGUGCGUCGAAGGCAGCGAUCCACUCUUUGCGGACGGUUGGAAGGGAUGGCCCGAGAACGCGAACCAGGACGACGUGCUGAGCUGGUUUGCCGACUUCAGCGACAAGCUAACGGAAUUCGUAGACAGCCACGGGUCAAUCUCGACGCAUCAACACCGACGACGGCCUCUUGCCCAGCCCAACAAGCCAAUACAAGGUUCCACCGGAGAGCGCAAGCUGGACGUCGGUUUCGUCAAGGAUGCGAAGGCUGGGAAAGACUCGCGGUGCCACUGGUCGCAGAUCUUGGUGCCUGGAGAGCUGAAGAGCAACCCAUCCGCCGACAAGGCCUCGAUGGCGUGGCUUGAUCUGGGGAGGUACGCGAGGGAGGUGCUGGCUGCGCAGAAUGACCGUCGCUUCGUCUUGGGCUUUACCAUCUGCGGGUCCCUCAUGAGGGUAUGGGCAUUUGACCGGCUUGGGGGCAUCGCAUCGGAGCAGUUCGACAUUAACAAAGAUGGGCGUCAGUUUGUGUCCACGAUACUUGGCUUUCUCUGGAUGAACGAGGAGCAGCUAGGAUUCGACCCGACGAUUAUGACGGCAAACGGGGAGCGCUUCAUCGAGGUUAAUCGGAAUGGUUCGACAGAGCGGAUCAUCAUCGACGAGGCAAUGCAGCGGGCGCCUUGCAUAGCUGGUCGAGCGACGACAUGUUGGAAAGCCCACCCCGAAGGACAGCCAGAAAUGCUGCUUGUCAUUAAGGAUUCGUGGCAAUAUCCGGAACGAGAUGAAGAAGGCGAACUGCUACGCGAGGCGACAAACAAGGGUGUCGUUAACGUGGCCCGGUACUAUCACCAUGAGACGGUCCAAAUUCACGAGGAAGAUGAUGACAUCCGGAAUAAUGUUCGGAGAGGGCUGGACAUGACGCAAGCUGCAAACUACCGUCCGGGACGGCCAAUGCGGCGGAACAACAUCGCAUCAGGCACAUCAAGAGAGGGUCGCAGCAGCGCCAGUGCCAGCAGAAAGCGGUCAUCUAGCCAAGUUGGCGCUCCUCUUCCUUCUAGCAAGCGAUCUUGUUCCGUGUCUUCAACGAAGGCCGCCAGUUCACUACCAAAUCGGGUACAUCGGCGUGUCAUUCUCCGAGACUACGGGAUGCCUAUCUACAAGGCGAGCUCUCGGUCGGCUCUACUUGCUGCGUUCGAGCGGUGCAUCGAAGGACAUGAGUCUUUGCAUAAGGCAGGCUUCCUUCACAGAGACAUCUCGGUCAACAAUCUCAUGAUCAACGAGGAUGAUGAUAACCCCUCCUGGCCUUCCUUCUUGAUUGACCUUGACCUGGCUAUCAAAGAGUCGCGAGAGGCUGCCUCAGGAGCAAAGGGGAAGACCGGAACACGGGCUUUCAUGGCAAUUGGGGCGCUCCUGGGUGAGCAACAUUCUUUUAUGCAUGAUCUCGAGUCAUUCUUCUGGGUGCUAUUCUGGAUAUGCAUCCACUACAAUGGGGCAGACGAGGCCAGAGUCGUUCUAGAAUUUGAUAAGUGGAAUUAUGUUGAUACGGGAGAAUUGGCAAACUUGAAGAAAGGGCAAGUUUCCCACGAAGGUGACUUCAUCAAAACCGCGGAGGAGAAUUUCACUUCCUAUUAUCAGCCAUUGGUACCUUGGGUCAAUAGGUUACGGAAAGUAGUUUUUCCAAAUGGUGGGAGGUGGGAGAGAGAGGACACAGGACAAUAUGCUCGGGUGAAGGAGAUCCUUCAGGAGGCGGGACGGGACCCAAUGGUAUUGGGUGGACGGACAGCAUUGUAG